AUGCGUGCUGCCUCCUCCCUCACCAUCCUUGCCUCAUGCCUCAGUGCCGCUUCCUGCGUAUCUGCUGCUACUGCCGACCAAUGGAAGGGGAAGUCAAUAUACCAACUGAUCACCGACCGGUUUGCUCCUGCCUCGGAUACCGCACCCGCUCGCUCCUCCCCCAUCCCUGACGUCUGCAACCCCAUUGACCAGACCUGGUGCGGAGGAACUUGGCUCUCUAUCAUUGACAAGCUCGACUACAUCUCCGGCAUGGGCUUUGACGCCAUCUGGAUCUCCCCCGUCUCCCAAAACACCGACGUAAAUACUGCCUACAAGUACGCCUACCACGGCUACUGGGUCAACGAUCCCCUCACCCUCAACGCCCGCUUCGGUACAUCAGACGACUUGAAGUCGCUGGUGAAGGCCCUUCACGACAGGGGAAUGUACAUCAUGGUCGAUAUCGCCGUCAACAACAUCCCUGGUACUUCCUACAACGACUCGCUCAGCUCUACUGCGCUGAAAGCCGACGGUUCUCGCUGGACUGAUCCCGCCCAGUUCCACACCCGGUGCGACAUCGACUACAGCAAUGCCACGUCUGUCGAGUAUUGCUGGCUGGGUGACGAGAAGUUGCCGUUGAUGGAUGUCAACACCGAGAAUGCAGAGGUCAUUUCGACUUUGCAGACUUGGAUUGCCAACUUUACCGCCGAGUACGAGAUUGAUGGUCUGAGGAUUGAUGCGGCCAAGCAUGUGCCAGGGUCCUUCUGGACUGGAUUCUGUGGAGCCGCUGGUGUUUUCUGUAUUGGCGAGGUUUACGGUGAUGACGUUGGCUUUGCCGCCUCUUUCCAGUCCGAAAACUAUCUAGACUCUGUCCUCAACUUCCCUCUCUACUACGGCAUCGUCAACUCUUUCGGUUCCCCUAAAGCCAACAUGACCUCUUUCGUUGAGCACGCCACCGACAUCAUUGGCACCUUCCCCAACCCCGAUCUUUUGGGCAACUUUAUCGAGAACCAUGAUCUGCCGAGGUUCAGAAACGCGACGGCGGAUUCGCAGUUGGCGUAUAAUGCGAUGGCGGCGCAAUUCAUCUUUGAUGGCUUACCUACCGUCUACUAUGGUCAAGAACAAGACCUCGCUUCUGGUGCCGGUGACCCUUACAACCGUGAAGCCCUCUGGCCCACCGAGUACGCCAACACCACCACCUACAACCAUAUCGCCCGUCUGAACGCUAUCCGUCACGCCGUCAUCAACAACGGUACCACUUUCAAUGACAAGACUUUCCUCGAGUCAACGACCAAGAUCGUGGCUAGUACGGAAUAUGAUGUUGCUUUCAGGAAGGGACCGUUGCUUGCUGUUUUGACCAACCGAGGAAGUCCUAAUGAGGAUGCCAACUUUGGUGUGCCGACUGGCUGGCCCUCCCAAUCUUCCGUAGUCGACCUCCUGUCUUGCAAGCAAUUUACCGUCGGCUCUGGUGGUGCCAUCACCGUUUCCUACUCUGCUUCCGGCUACGGCGGCAUGCCAUACGUCUUUGCCUCGCAGGUGGAUACCCCGGCUCUGCAGCUUUGUGGUGACGCGGGCGUUGCCAAGUAUGUCAGCAGCAACACUACGGUUGUGAAGAGUGCUGGAGAGAAAGUGGUUGGUAUAUCGAUGGGCUUGGGCAUGGGAGUGGGUGCGCUAGUGGCUGGGAUGAUUGGGGCCGGGCUUUUGACGCUGUGA